AACACAGAAUCAGCAAUUUGCCGCCAUAUAUUUUAUAACAUGCAACCUACUAUUACGCACUAUGUUAAACACUGAUUCUUCUCAUGUGUACAAAUUAAGAAAAUGUCUGUCAUUAAGGCAUUUCUUUAGAAAGAUGGUAAAACAUAGAAGUGCUUCUAAUGACCUAAAACACCAUGAAUAGGUUACUUUCGUACUGCACAUAAACAACUCCGGCAGCGUUCAAGAUGGAUCGAAAAGUGUACACUUUGGCUCGCAACCGGAAGGGUGUGUGCUUGCUUGGAGCUGGAACUCGCGGGGGGUACUUUAGUGAGGCACAACACUUGAAGAAGUCAUUUACCAAUUGAAGGAGAAAAACAAACCAAAGGCACCAACAUUCAACAGCAAGCACCACCAUCAUCUGCAAAUGGUGCGCGGUGGCAGCAUGAUGAUGAUAAGAGCGAGACAGCAAAUUGGGAAUCGGGACGGGACCCACAGGCAGACCUCCGACGAUCGGGAUGCUGGAUCUCAGCCAGCGAGGUUCAUUUCUGCGCUAGUUCUGAGCAACGUAGGAUCGUUUUCGGAGGGCGGUCUCGCAUAAUUGGUCGUGAAACAGCGUACGCGAAACGUAAUGUGCAAGUAUAAUAGUAAACUGUUCUGGUUUUGUUGGGUGGGCGCGUUAAGUCUAGUUUGUGGCUUUCCGGUGCUUUACGAUGACGAUUAUAACAGUGCAGAAGAUGAUUACGAUGUGAUUUUCGAUCAGCGCCAGAAUGGAACCGAAAACGUGCGUUUGUCGGUUGAUGGAAUUAUGAUUGCGGUGCCAGCGCCGCCGAGUCAAUCCGAUAUCCCCACACUUGCCAGCAGUGCAUUGUUGCAUAUUCUUAGCUCCCAAGUCGGUUCCUUGGAUAGUGAUAGUUCCGAAGAGGAGCCCAUUAAAGCGACCACUACUUCGACUACCACAACGACCACGACUACUACUGCCGCACCCACUUUCCAGGAUCAACUGGUUCCGGUGAACUUGCUAGGUCAGAGUUUGUCGUUCCUCUUCAAUAAAGGCGCGGAAAUCCCCAUCAAAAUAGGGUCUCACUUGAAACCAGUAAAAGGCGGCCAACCGAGCUUGUUUUUGCUGAAGAAAGAAGCAGUAGAUGAUGAGAGCAAUGCGGAACACGAUUCAACGGAAGACUCGGAUUCACAAACAGAGCCGCCAAAGAAGUCCUCCAAGCACAAACGGCGAUAUAAACUGAGAGUUGCCAGUUUGUUGAAGCCAAUGCUGCAACGGACAUAUUUAGCGUAAAACCGAGCAUCAUGCAAAUUUGUGAUAGGGUAUUUAUUAAAUUAAAUCUUUAAUAUUCAUAAAUGUCCGUAA